CAAAGAAGCAAGACAACGAAAUAUUCCACCAUGUUCAAAUACGCCGUCGUCGUUCUCGCUCUCGUUGCCUGCGCUGCUGCCAAGCCUGGACUCCUGGGUGCUCCCCUGGCAUACACUGCUCCUCUGGCUUACUCUGCUCCUCUGGCCUACUCUGCUCCUGCUGCCGUGGUAGCUGCUCCCGCUCCAGUUGUGACCGCCACCAGUAGCCAGGUGAUCGCCAGGAACUACAAUGGAAUCGCCGCUGCUCCUGUGAUUGCUCCCGUUGCUGCUCCACUGGUGGCCAAGUAUGCGGCUGCUCCUCUGGCUGCUCCAGUAGUGGCCAAGUACGCGGCCGCUCCUCUGGCUGCACCUCUGGCCUACUCCUCGCCAUUGGCUUACUCCGCACCACUGAGCUACGCCGCUGCUCCUGCACCAUUUUGGUAUGGAAUGUGUUGGACGGCAUCAACAAGUUCAAGUUUUCGAACCUAAAGCACCAGAUCCAUAAUCAAAAUGUUCAAAUCCGCCGUCGUCGUUCUCGCUCUCGUUGCCUGCGCUGCUGCCAAGCCUGGACUCCUGGGUGCUCCCCUGGCAUACACUGCUCCUCUGGCCUACUCUGCUCCUGCUGCCGUGGUAGCUGCUCCCGCUCCAGUUGUGACCGCCACCAGUAGCCAGGUGAUCGCCAGGAACUACAAUGGAAUCGCCGCUGCUCCUGUGAUUGCUCCCGUUGCUGCUCCACUGGUGGCCAAGUACGCGGCUGCUCCUCUGGCUGCUCCAGUAGUGGCCAAGUACGCGGCCGCUCCUCUGGCUGCACCUCUGGCCUACUCCUCGCCAUUGGCUUACUCCGCACCACUGAGCUACGCCGCUGCUCCUGCACCAUUUCUCAUCUAAAUGUUUACGCUGUGAUUAUCUAGGACGAUAAAUGAA